AUGGCGACGCUGCUGCGCCGGGCCCUGCGCCCCUUCCGCCCCCUCCGGGGCCGCCCGGGGCCGGCUGCAGACGCGCCGCUCCGCGCCGCCAGCCGAGGCGCCGGCCUGCUCUACCCCGAGCACAUCCCCACCUCCCCGCUGCAGAAGGCGCUGCUGGCCGCCGGCUCCGCGGGAAUGGCGCUCUGCGACCCGUAUCGCCACGACAUGGUUGCAGUUCUAGGGGAGACCACUGGACUCCGUGCCCUGAAGCUCCUCAGAGACCAGAUGAGGAGGGAUCCAGAGGGUGCCCAGAUCCUGCAGGAACGCCCCCGGAUCUCACUGUCCACCCUCGACCUAGGCCAGCUCCAGAGCCUGCCUCAGGGCUCCCUGGGCCGCGAGUAUCUCCGUUUCCUGCAUGAGAAUAGGGUCUCCCCAGAUACCCGGGCACCCACCCGCUUCGUGGAUGACGAAGAGCUGGCGUACGUGAUCCAGCGGUACCGGGAGGUGCACGACCUGUUGCACACGCUGCUGGGGAUGCCCACCAACAUGCUGGGGGAGAUCGUGGUGAAGUGGUUUGAGGCUGUCCAGACGGGCCUGCCCAUGUGCAUCCUGGGUGCGCUCUUUGGACCGAUCCGUCUCAGUGCCCA